AUUGGCAAAGAGGAUGAGGGAGACUUAAUAACGACUCGCGUGUACCUUUUUGGAUUUGGCCACUUCCACGUGCCCCAGUUUCGCAUGUCUUUGAGCACGUUGCAUUUCCAGACCCUUGAGUACAACAGAGUGGAAACUUUUAAAUCCAAGGUCAUGGCAAAACAUCUGAAGUUCAUUGCCAGGACUGUAAUGGUACAGGAAGGGAACGUGGAAGGUGCAUACAGGACCCUAAACAGAAUCCUCACCAUGGAGGGGCUCGUUGAGGACAUUAAGCGAAGGCGGUACUAUGAGAAGCCAUGCCGUAGGCGACAGCGGGAAAGCUAUGAAAUCUGCCGAAGGAUCUACAACACGGAAAUGACUCGAAAGAUCAACUUCUUGAUGCGAAAGAAUCGGGCGGAUCCAUGGCAGGGUUGCUGAGGCAGUUUGUGUCUCCACCUCUUUUCUUCCUCGAACCCAUUUUCUCUUAUGUUUCUCUUCAAUAAACUCAAUCACAUAUAUACAAGAAGGCCUGCAUAUAUAGAGGUAAUCCCACUAGUUGGCAAUGGACCCUGUUUUUUAAGUGAAAAAGAAACUGAGUCAAAAAGUAGUCUAGGAGCAGUGAGAAAGUAUUUUAACAUGUAGCAGAAUGUAUUUUCUAUUACCCAAUUUUUAUGAACUCCAAAGCACGAUCUUAUUGGAAAAGUAUCUGUUACUCUUUUCUGAACUGCUCCCCCUCCUCCCCCCGCUCCCCAAACUGUUAGAUAAAGAGAGGAAGCAUGUAUGUAUUGGGAAUAAACUCUGCUUUUUAAACACCCAUCAA